UAACCAGCGAGAGCAAGAGGACACACAACUGCCAAACUUUAUUGCUCCUACUGCCACUACACCUCCUCUCUUCCACGUCGCCUCCACCAAAUUCCCACCGCAAUCCCGCCGCAACAUGCUCCUCCGCGCGAAAUCUGAUCGAGCAUCCUCAAGUUUUCAGCUCCGGAAAAGCUCAAGUACAUCGAGCUCGUUCUAAUUGGUGCGCUUCAGGCUUUCAGCUGCUUCGAAUCGAGAAAUCGGCUCUCAAGGUUGCCGGAAGCUUGAGCCUGCUGCUCGCGAGUUGCAGAAAUCUUCGAAAGGUUCCAUCUUUUCGGCCUCUGAAUCCCUGGAGCUAGAGGGCUUCUUGAAAUUUCGAGUCUUUGAUCGGUCUGAGCUGCUCGGGGUUCGUCAAGAUCGAGGCACGAGAAGAUUCGGCAGCAUUUAGGGUUUCCCCGCCGUGUAAUGGUCGGGAAUGGCGCUUAAGGCCACGGCUCAGGGCGCCGCGGAGGCGGCCAUAGCGGCCAUCGGCCACGGCUACGAUGUUGCUGCGGACGUCCGGCUCAAGUACUGCAAGGGUAAUCUGACGGACCCGGACAAGCGCCUCAUUGACCUCGACCGCGAUGAGGUUCAGGACAUCGUUCUCCCCGGCGGGCUGACGGUCACCGGCGUCCCCAAGUCCAUCAAGUGCGACAAGGGUGAGCGGAUGCGAUUCCGGUCUGAUGUCCUCUCGUUUCAGCAGAUGUCAGAACAGUUCAACCAGGAAUUAUCUUUGACUGGGAAAAUUCCAUCCGGCAUGUUCAAUAGUAUGUUUGAGUUUUCUGGCUGCUGGCAGAAAGAUGCAGCUAAUACCAAAUCACUUGCUUUUGAUGGUUGGUACAUUUCACUAUAUAAGGUUGCGCUCUCAAAGUCCCAUAUUCUACUGCGUGAUCAUGUUACUCAGGCAGUUCCUUCAACCUGGGAUCCUGCUGCUUUGGCAAGGUUUAUUGAAAAGUUUGGGACUCACGUAGUUGUUGGUGUAAAAAUGGGAGGGAAAGAUGUUAUUUAUCUUAAACAACAGCACUCAUCAAGCUUGCAACCAGCUGCUGUUCAGAAAAGAUUGAAGGAGAUGUCAGACACGAGAUUUCUGGAUGCAAGUGGACAGUACGAUAUGAACAACAAGGAUGGAUAUGGGGCAUAUAAGCAUUCUGUGCAGCAUGAUGCAAGAGAGCAGCGACUAAGAUUUGCGGAAUCAAGUCCGUCAAGUUCUUACUCUUCGAAGGAGGACUUGGUGAUGGUGGUUAAGCGGAGAGGUGGAAAGGAAUGGGACAAAGAGAUGCCACAUAGUGAAUGGAUAAACACUGUUCAAGCAGAACCUGAUGUUAUUUCGAUGUCCCUUCUACCUAUUACUUCGUUGUUGACUGGAGUACCUGGUUGUGGAUUUUUGAAUCAUGCGAUUAAUCUGUACCUACGCUAUAAGCCUCCAAUUGCAGAACUACACCAAUUUUUGGACUUCCAGCUACCACGGCAGUGGGCACCUGUGUACAGUGACCUCCCCCUUGGCCCUCAGAGGAAGCGAAAGAGUAGUGCAUCUUUUCCCUUAAGUUUCAUGGGACCAAAGCUAUAUGUCUGCACUAAUAUGGUUGAUGUGGGUGAAAGACCUGUUACUGGACUACGGUUGUAUCUUGAGGGGAAGAAAAGCAACAUGCUGGCUAUCCAUCUUCAGCAUCUAUGCUCGCUUCCUCAAAUCCUCCAGCUCCAGGAUGAUCCUUACAACCACCGAACUCCGGAACCACAUGAUCGCAAGUACUUGGAACCAUUUGGAUCAUGGAAGUGUUUCUCUCAUGUUUACACAGCACCAGUGGAGUCAGACGAUGACUUGUCAAUCGUGACCGGGGCACAAUUACACGUGAGCAGCCAUGGGUUCAGGAAAGUCCUUUCCCUCCGCCUCCAGUUCUCCAAAGUGUGCAAUGCUGCACUUGUCAAGAACCCCGAGUGGGAAGGAUCACCAAAUCUGGGCCAGAAAUCCGGCCUCAUCUCCACACUCAUAAGCACACAUUUCUCAACAGUGGCUCAGAAGCCAGCCCCUCGCCCUGCUGAUGUGAAUAUAAACUCGGCUGUGUACCCUGGCGGUCCACCUGUGCCUGUGCAGGCACCAAAGCUGCUCAAGUUUGUGGACACAGCAGAGAUGGUGCGCGGACCACAAGACACACCAGGAUACUGGGUGGUCUCUGGUGCGAAACUACAGCUGGAGAGGGGCAAGAUUUCGCUGCGCGUGAAGUAUUCGCUCUUGACAGCCAUGGUACCUGACGAUGAGUAUGCAUUUGAUGAACAAAGUUGAAAUUUGGAUCAAGACUUGAAGAGGGGCUAAUGCGCAUUUAAUCAUGUGGCGCACGACAAGUAAAGAGUUUCAGUGUGUUUCUUGGGAAGGCUUGCCAAUAUGUACAUUGCUUGCAUUUAGAUUCUGCCUAUUUUUCUCAGUGGAGCCGGCUGUCUGUAGUUCAAUCUCAGAGUCGAAUUUGUUUCACAAAGGGUGAACUGUACAAUGUCCUUUGUAUAUAUACAUGAUGUACCAACUACCAACCCAACUAGGGGAAGAUAACACUAGCUAUUCUGCUCGUAUCUUUUCUGAA